ACUUUAGCUUGACAGUGUAGCAGAGGUUAGUUCUGUGCGCGUCUGGGAAGUGGAACGUUAAUCGAGAUGAUUUUGCCGCUAGUAGCUACGUUUGCGUUUAUUGGACUAGCGCAGGCUGGUCCAAUCGAUCAAUCAAAGAUCGUCAACGGUACGGAUGCAGCAAUCGAAAACUAUCCAUUUGUUGUGUCUCUGCGUGGUGCUAGUGGAGGUCAUUCGUGUGGUGGCAGUAUCUUAAAUGAUCGCUGGAUUCUUACGGCUGCUCACUGCGUCGAUUAUACUACGCCCCUGUACCAGACGAUACAGGCGGGAAGGGCCGACAUUUCCCGGACUGAAGACGAAUCCGUAUAUGCGAUUGAGGAUGUUGUAAUUCAUCCCGGAUACAACCCCGCCGACAGCUAUAUUGAUGAUAUUGCUCUGCUGAAACUGCGCAAACCGCUGGUGUUUAGUGACCAGGUGCAACCGGUUCGACUGCCGAAACGAUUUUUCGAAAUCGACGUGCAGGAGUCUAAUCUGGUGACGCUUGUUGGAUGGGGCCGCAAUGCUUCAGAUGGACCAGUCCAGACCACUUUGCAGGAGAUCGAUUACUAUGCAGUGCCGAACGAUGAAUGUAAUCGUAUCCACUCCAAUCACAUUUAUCCAACACAGAUUUGCGCAGCCGAGCCUGGCGGUGGAAAAGGCCAAUGCAGUGGAGAUUCUGGUGGUCCCUUGAUAUAUAAAGAAUUCCAGGUGGGCAUCGUUUCCUGGAGUAUUAAACCGUGUGCUAUCGCUCCAUAUCCCGGCGUGUUAACCAAGGUGUCGUACUAUGUUGAUUUUAUCAAUCAACAUGCUAGUGGUUAUAGUGUUUAAACACCUAAGCAGCAUCAUAUUUUUUCUGUGAACAUUCGCUUCCUCAACAAAGCUGUAGCUUGAACACACUUUAAAGAACAGACCACAACUUAUAUUCAUCUAUGUACCAGCGUUUGUUUAUUAUCCUUAAAAAUAAACUACGCUUUGUUACUCGAUUUGUUGAUAACUAAAAAUGCAAAAUGAAUAAACCUUUUCACAUAAAGCAAUUGAAAAA